UUCGCUUCACGGACUCAAAAAUUUUCCGAAAACUGCCCGAGGAAGACUGCAAGAGUUGGAUUGACGAGGCAGUCCGGUUAAUGCAGAAAAUGACUGAACAGAUGGUUCUGAAGAGAGAAUCGUUGCACGACAUUGUGUGUCGCCUCUGUUUUGAGACGGAAUCAUCUGCACCGCAAAUUUCUGUUCUUAGUCCAUUCGCUGGUGAGCAAUGUUUGAGUGACGUGAUUCGAACCUGCUUUGGAGUUAAUAUCAAGGAAGAUGAUUUCUGUACCGAUAUUUGCGAACAGUGUCUGGUGAAAGUCGAUUUAACGUGGCAGUUCUACUCUACAAUUAAUGAUAAUUCUAAAGCACUAAAUGACCUGUAUAGUUCUGUGCAAUGCAGGGAUACAUUACCGGACAUCUGCCAAAUAAUGGAUACAACUCCAGCCGAACCAACGCAACGAAAAAGAUUAAGACCGAAAUCAACAACAGCAAAUAAAACUGAACACACUUCUAGUGAUCAGGGUGAACAUUCUGUUACUUCAAUACAUAAUGAAGCUAUUUACAACGAUGACGGCAGUUUACCGGAACAUCCAUUUUUUGCCAAUCAUUCUAUGUGCGCCUACAACUGUCAUCUCUGUCCGCAAAUACUCCAAAGUUCGAAACUUUUGGACAUGCAUCUUCAGCGGGAACAUGCACUAAAAAGCGAAAAAGUACUUUGUCAGUGCUGUGCUAAAUUUUACAAACCUCGAGCGUUUUACGAUCAUUUCAGAUUGCACAGUGACAAAAAAUAUGAUUGCUCAAUAUGUAAUCAAACCUACACCAAUAGUGCCAACCUUCAUCGUCACAUGCGCCUCCACACCAAAAAACGCCCGUUUACUUGUAAUCAGUGUGAUGCCAGUUACAAUCAGUCUGCAUCGCUCAAAAAGCACGUGGAUAAAGUCCACUUAGGAAUCGUUCCGCCAUUUAAGACCAAAUCUUCGAUUGGUGCUCCGAAGCACUCAAAGGCUGCACGCAGCAUGUCGUGCCCGGUGUGUGAGGAAUCGUUUUACAUGCAAAGCAAACUGAUAGCGCACCUGGAGGAAAACCAUCCGGACUAUGAGGUAACAAUCAUUAGAUGCAACCAUUGCCCUGAACGGUUCCUCAGAAAAGCUUCGUAUUAUAACCAUCGACUCUAUCGGCACUCGGAGAAGGACUAUCCCUGUGACGAGUGCGGAGAGGUUCUCGCUUCGGCUCUACAUUUGAACGAGCAUAAAAAACGACACCAUAGGGCCAGGCAUGCUCAUCGAGGGGCCAUCAAGGAUUGUUACGAUGAUUUGUCAGUAGAAUGAUUUUUGUUGUUUAUGCCUUGUUCAGACUGCAGAGUUAUAACAUGUUAUAGCGCUAUCUUGAUAGUGGUUUCUGUAUUGCAAUUAUUUGACAACUGUUUCCACAUGUUAUAACUCUGUAAUCUGAACGUACUAUUAAAAAUAAAGUAUAAGUCGUUACUGCUUUUCUCAUUUAAUGUCUUUUAUGUAGAUGACGGGUUCUGUUUAGGGAUGAUCAAUUUAUUAUGUCACGCUAAAUUGAGGAAAAAUUAACACCUCCUUUUGUGACGUUUUUUCCUAUACUUCAUGCAUUGCUUAUCACAAAAUCAUAAACCCCCUCCCACUUAGAGCGUGACAUAAUGUGCAUCACCCCUUUUAGCUAAAUUACACUUCAUUGAAAACUGCGAAUAACCGAGGGAAAUUUAA